UCUUAGCUGUGCCUCUGUCUGGUGCUGCAGCUGGUGAAGGUUGGCUCACAUUCAAGAGCAUCCAAUGUAACACUGUGAAUCCUCUUUCUUUGCCAUACAGCUCUCCAUUGGUGUGAAUACAUUUCCUGAAACAGGUUGUGAAUAUCUAAGGUAGCUAUUAAUGAACAUUUUAAUAAUAAGGAAAUAACUGGUUCAUUUUUCAUCUAUCCCUAACCUGGACAACUGAGUUGCAUUUAGGUGAUUUUUCCUGAUUGCAUGGACAAGUGAUUGUAAUCAAAGGCGAAAUCGCUGCAACAGUGUUGCAUACCCAGCAUAUUGAAAUUCGUCAAGUUGAUCUCUCCAGCUACAUAACCAGCUACAUCGCCAUUGUAUAUCGACCAAAUAAGAACAUAGCCAUGGCUAGCCUGAGCUUUUUCACCAAUCAGAGUGUGACCAAUACGACUAUAAAGGGGCCCAGCCAUGCUAACAAAAGUGCCUAUAAGCCCAGUUUUACAGACUAUGACUGCCAAUCCUUCUCGUAUGCCUUGCUGAUGCUCGCCGGUGGCUACAUUUUGGUCAUACUCGUAGGACUCUUUGGAAACAUAUGCCUGAUUCAUAUCAUUCGGUUGAAAAAAGAGACGCACAACGUUACGAACCUGCUGAUCGCUAACCUGUCCCUCUCAGACGUGCUCAUCUGCACCAUGUGCAUCCCUUUCACGGUGGUAUACACCCUGAUGGACUACUGGGUCUUUGGGGAGGCCAUGUGCAGGGUCAGCAAUUUUGUGCAGUGCCUCUCCGUCUCUGUGUCCAGCUUCUCCUUGGUUUUAAUUGCCAUCGAGCGAUAUCAGCUCAUUGCCAAGCCUCAAGGUUGGAGACCUAACAUCUCACAGGCCUACUGGGGAAUCACCUUCAUAUGGUUGGGCUCUGCUACACUGUCGGCACCUUUCUUGGUGUUCUAUCAUCUUACAGAUGAGCCGUUCAGGAACAUCUCCCACAGUUUCUACAAGGAUAAGUAUGUCUGCAUAGACAGCUGGCCAUCUGAAUGGAGUCGGCUUGGAUUUACCACCUGCCUACUUGGGGUGCAGUAUUUCGCGCCGCUCUGCUUCAUCUUCAUUUGCUACGCCAAGGUGUUCGUGUGCCUGCGCCGGCACAGCGGCCUUCGGGAGAGCGAGCUGAGGCUGAGCGAGAGCAAGCGAAUCAGCACUAUCCUGGCCUCCAUUGUGGUGGCCUUUGCGAUCUGCUGGAUGCCACUCAACAUCUUCAACCUCAUCUUCGACUGGCACCACGAGGCUCUGCUUAGCUGCCACCACAACAUACUCUUCACCUUCUGCCACUUGGUGGCCAUGGUUUCCACCUGCAUCAAUCCGGUCUUCUACGGCUUGCUCAACAAAAACUUCCAGAAAGACCUCAACAAUAUAAUGCGCCAGUGGAAGUGUGACUCAGGCCCAGAGGAGUAUGAAAACAUCAGGAUGUCCCUCAAGCACAAAGAAACUUCUCAAGAGACUGCUGAAGGUCAACACUGAUGACAACCCAGCUUGAUGUCCUAAUUCUCUAAGCAAUAAAACACUUCAAAAAGCAUAAUAACACAAAAACUAAUUCAUUUUCUCCAACAAAAGAAAUCUAAUUUAUCUUUAAAGCCAUUAUCUCGAUAACUAACAGUGGAUUAAUUAUUGUACAUCCUCUUCACUUUGACCAUGUAUUAAAUGGAAUAUGUAAUACGUGUAAUAUAUUUCUAGAAUGUUCUAAAAAAUAAAGGUAUACUGGAAAAGUGACAUAAAUGAAAAGUUGUGUGAAAUAUGUAUAAAAUGCUUGAAAGAGUAUGAAUAAGCAGCAAUGACUGAUUUUUCGUUUAAAUGCUGAAUUUUACUCCAAUAACAGUGCAUUCUGUGAAGCCAAAACAUACAUGCACCUGCAUUUAUUUAACUUCAGUGAGUGUUUACAAAUGUUUCC